GAACGCACCAAUUUUUAGGUGUCCUUGUAGCUGCCUGCAGAGAAACCAAAUGUCACCAGCAGCAGCGGCGCCGCUUUCUGCCCUUCAAUGCUGGAGUUUCUUCCCCUGCUAAGUGUCAGCGUGUCAGGAGCCUGUACACGUCUUGAAUGCAGCUUUAGGAUAAGUUGAAGGUGGGAUCUGUUCGUGUGUUUUUAAAGGCAGAGCCGGUGUAAUACCUGCGGUCAUGGAGUGUCGUGUGUUGUCCAUUCAGAGUCAUGUUGUCAGGGGAUACGUCGGGAACAAGUCGGCAACGUUCCCUCUGCAGGUGCUGGGCUUUGAAGUAGACUCUAUCAACUCUGUGCAGUUCUCCAAUCACACAGGCUAUGCCCAUUGGAAAGGCCAAGUACUGACAGCAGAUGAGCUAAACGUGCUAUAUGAGGGCAUUAAGCUCAAUAAGGUGAACCGCUAUGACUACAUCCUCACAGGAUACAGCAGAGACACGUCCUUCCUGGAGACGGUGGUGGACAUUAUUCAGGAGCUGAAGAAGGCCAAUUCUAGCCUGGUAUAUGUUUGUGAUCCUGUUAUGGGAGACCACGGUGCUAUGUACGUUCCAGAGUACCUGCUGCCAGUCUACAGGGACAAAGUAGUGCCUUUGGCCGACAUCCUCACCCCCAACCAGUUUGAAGCAGAGCUAUUAACUGGGAGGAAAAUCACCACAGAGGAAGAUGCUGUUGAGGUGAUGGACUUGCUUCAUAAAAUGGGUCCAGAGACCGUGGUCCUCACUAGUACAGACCUGCCCUCCAAAUGUGGGGACCAGUUCCUGUUGGCCCUCGGUAGCCAAAAAAUAGUGAAACCAGAUGGGACCAACACCAGUCAGAUAAUCUGCAUGGACAUCCCCAAAGUGGAUGCUGUGUUUGUGGGUACAGGAGACCUGUUUGCUGCCAUGUUGCUAGCCUGGACUCACCAUCACCCCAAAGACUUGAAGGCUGCCUGUGAAAAGACUGUUUCAGUCAUGCACCACGUCAUUAAGAGGACCAUUACUUACGCCAACGAGAUAGCUGGCCCUGGGAAAAGGCCCAGUCCUGCACAACUGGAGCUGAGGAUGGUUCAGAGCAAAGCCGACAUUGAGAAUCCUGCCGUUGUAGUGGAAGCUAAGCUUUUACAAAAGUCUUCACACUGAAGGCCGUAAAACGUUGUCGUGAACAUUCACAUCACUCCGGUACAAAUCGGCUUCAAAAUCUGGGCGGUCCGCCAGACACAUGUAGGAUUUUCACAUCAAAGACGGUCACGUGUCUCUGCCUUACAGAAUCUCUGAGGGAGUACGACUAUGUUUUCAUGAGCGGGGUCAGCAGGACUGUGGGUGAUGUACAUUCUGCUCCACUGGAAUCACUGCCAUAUGCAUCUGUACUAUGGCCUGUCUAGACAUCAUCUGCCAUUCAUAAGGAAAAAAAAAAAGGACAUUAGCCAACUAUGUUUAAGUUUAACAAUAGUGUAACUGUACUUGAAUCCUCACUAACAUGGUGGAAAUUAUUUUUUGCUAUAAAACAACUCAUGAAUAGAUACAUGCAUGACCAUGCCUCUACUUGUUUUGGCUGUGAUCGUAAGUAGGGACUAGUCACAUGUUCUUAAAGUGUGUUACUCACAGUCACAAGGCAACAAGGCAUUAUAAGCACAUCAAUAGAGUAUUUGAAAUAUAAUGAAAA